CAUGGGGAACUGGAUUGUUAAUCACGGGUUCACUGCCUUCUUAUUGUUUAUAUGGAUGGGCAUCAACAUAUUUCUGUUCGUCUGGUUCUAUUUCUUUUACGAUCUGGGAGAUCAGUUCAUCUACACAAGACAUCUUUUGGGGUCUGCGCUGGCAUGGGCUCGUGCUCCUGCUGCUGUGCUCAACUUCAACUGCAUGCUCAUCCUGCUGCCCGUCUGCCGCAACCUGCUCUCGCUCAUACGAGGGACUUUCAUGUGCUGUGGGCGAACCAUGAGGAAACAGAUUGAUCAUAAUCUCAGUUUCCACAAACUCGCCGCUUACAUGAUCGGUUUAAUGACGGCGGUGCACACUGUUGCACAUUUGCUGAAUAUUGAAUGGUACAAUGACAGCAUCCGGGGGGAUUAUGAUGCUCUGAGCGACGCACUGUCCCGUCUGGAGGACGAGGGCAACACCACCUACCUGAAUCCUAUUCGAUCAAACAACACUACUCCCACUCAUUUUGCGUUCACCUCACUGGCUGGGAUCACGGGGGUGAUCAUCACGCUCUCGCUCAUUCUCAUCAUCACCUCCUCCAUGGAGGUCAUCCGCCGCAGCUACUUUGAGGUCUUCUGGUACACGCACCACCUGUUUGUGGUCUUCUUCAUUGGGCUGGUCAUCCAUGGAGCAGGACGGAUUGUGCGGAGUCAGCAGACCACAGACCCCCCACAUAACACAAGCUUUUGUUUUAGUCGACCUGAGCAAUGGGGCACAAUUCCUGAGUGCCCGAUACCUCAGUUUGCUGGAGGAUUUCCACAGACUUGGAUGUGGGUGAUUGGGCCCAUGUUCCUUUACCUGUGCGAGCGCUUGCUGCGCUUUAUUCGCUACAUGCAGAAGGUCGAAUACAGAAAGAUUGUGAUGCGGCCCUCCAAAGUGCUGGAGCUGCAGCUGACGAAGAAAGGCUUCAAGAUGGACGUCGGCCAGUACAUCUUCCUCAACUGCCCGUCCAUCUCGCAGCUGGAGUGGCACCCGUUCACCAUGACCUCGGCGCCCGAGGAGGACUUCUUCAGCGUGCACAUCCGCUCCGCCGGGGACUGGACGGACAAACUCAUCAGCAUGGUGCAGGAGCUGCCCGAGGGAGCUCAGGGGCCAAAAAUGGGUGUGGAUGGCCCUUUUGGCACUGCCAGUGAGGACGUGUUUGACUACGAGGUGGCCAUGCUGGUUGGGGCCGGGAUUGGGGUGACCCCGUUUGCCUCCAUCAUGAAAUCCAUCUGGUACAAGUUCAAAGAAUCCAACCCCAAGCUGCGCACACGGAAGAUUUACUUCUACUGGCUGUGCAGGGAGACGCACGCCUUCGAGUGGUUCGCCGACCUCCUGCAGGUGCUGGAGUCGGAGAUGGAGGAGAGAGGCAUGGCGGACUUCCUCACUUACAAGCUCUUCCUGACAGGCUGGGACAAAAGCCAUGCAACGCAUGCAAUGGUUCAUUUUGAUGAGGACACAGAUAUCGUCACCGGACUGAAGCAGAAGACCCACUAUGGCAGGCCAAAUUGGGACAAAGAAUUUGAGCAAGUUCGCAAAGAGAACCCCACUUCCACGGUCGGCCAGUUCCUCUGUGGCCCUGCCGUCUUGGCCAAGGUCUUGGAGAAGAAAUGCGUCAAGUACUCAGACGUAGACCCCCGGAAAACAAGGUUUUACUUCAACAAGGAGAACUUCUGAGUGACACUGUGCUGGAAAGAUGGACGAUGUUUUAUAAUGUUGUUACUGAUGAGCCUGCAGUUCAACUCGCUAUUACCAGAGUGAUUCUUUAAGGAUGGGGGUGGGGUGGGGGGGGCUAGACCCUGUUAAUUCUAGUGGUAGUGGCCUACCUAUAAGGACAAGACAUUCAUUUGACAGGUUACACUGUGUGCUGUGCACACAAAGACAUCCAUUAUUGUUUCUAAUAAAUACUUGAUACUUCUGGGUUUGCACUGAUGCUACUAGGUUGGAGAUUUGUACCCUUAUUUGAUUGCUGGGUGGCGUUUGUAAACGUGCAACUCGUGUUUUAUGCAACACCACACUGUUUCCAGGUAGAGGUCCACGUGGCCAGUGCCAGUAAAGGAAAUCUUUUUUUUUUUAAAAAAAGGUUCCGGUUAGCUCAAAGCGCAGGGAUCCUUGAUCUGUGUAGGACUUCAUCUUUCACAGACAAGGAAAUGUGGCGUCAUGGAAACUACUGUACAUCUACACCGUUUUAAAAGUUCUGUUACAGGAAUUUCCUCUUGUAUAGAUGUCUAUCAGACUGCUUUUGAGAUACUGUCGUCUCAUGACUCAUCUUUUGAGGCUCUUUAUUUAGGUCUGAAAGACAAAUACAUGUUCAACAAAA